GUACCUGGUGAGGCGCAGGCUGCACCAGAGAGCAGAGCAAGGUUCUCACAGAGAGAAGGGCUGCGGUUUGUGUGCGGCUCCGUCUUUAUACCCAGCAAGAUACUCAGGAGCCUGCUUCCCGAGACACCCUGCUCCUUCUAGUAAGAACAGUCUGCAGUCAGCCACAGGCAACAGUAACCAUGGCAACGAAAAGCAAGUUCACUGCUAAGGCUGAUAAGGUUUCAAAAUAACAUUAGGUAACUAAAGAUUUGCAACAUGCCAAGCUGAAGUAUGUGAAUUAGGCGGCCCUACCGUCAAAUAUGUAAUACAUGUACUACUGUGAAAAGAUUUUCCGUUAAUGAGCACAUCUGUAUCCUACGCCUGUCCUGAGGACUUUCCUGUUCUAAUUCAUGAGCCAGCAGGAUGUGGUCGCUGCGCUAUCAGAACGCCUCCUCGUAGCUGCAUACAAAGGCCAAGUGGAUAAUGUUGUGCAGCUUAUCAACAAGGGUGCCAAGGUAGCUGUUACCAAGCAUGGGCGCACCCCCUUACAUCUUGCAUCCAAUAAAGGACAUCUCAAUGUGGUACAGAUCCUGUUAAAAGCUGGAUGCGAGUUGGACAUUCAGGAUGAUGGGCAGCAGACAGCUUUGCACAGGGCAGCUGUGGUGGGAAACAGUGACAUUCUUGCAAUACUGAUACAAGAAGGCUGUGCCUUGGACAGGCAGGAUAAGGAUGGUAAUACUGCCCUACAUGAAGCAGCUUGGCAUGGAUUCAGUCAAUCUGUCAAGCUGCUUGUUAAAGCUGGAGCUAAUGUUCUUGCCAAAAACAAGGCAGGUAACACACCUCUCCAUCUGGCUUGUCAAAAUGGUCAUUCCCAGAGCUGCCGUUUCUUACUGCUUGCAGGAUCCCGGGCUGACUUAAAAAAUCAUGGAGGAGACACCUGUUUACAUGUUGCAGCGCGAUACAAUCACCUGUCUGUCAUCAGGAUACUACUCAGCGCAUUCUGUUCUGUCAAUGAGAAAAACCAGGCAGGUGAUACCCCGCUCCACGUUGCUGCUGCUCUCAAUCACAGGAAGGUUAUUAAAGUGCUUCUAGAAGCAGGAGCGGAUGCGUCCCUUCUUAAUAAUGCAGGCCAAAUUGCUUUGGACACAGCACGCCACCACAAUAAUUCAGAUGUGGCUCUUCUGCUCACUAAAGCCCCACAGGUUUUACGGUUUAGCCGCGGCAGAAGCUUGAGGAAGAAAAGAGAGAAGCUGAAAGAGGAAAGACGGGCUCAGUCAGUUCCAAGAGAAGAUAUUGCAGAUAGUAAGGCAAGUAUGUCAGCAGCUGAGGACACCCACAGUAGUGAACAAGUUGGGAUUAAACAGGGGGAUGGCAAAGAUGAACAGCGAGCUUCAACUGCUGGAAAUAAACAAAGAAAAGGAAAAAGACCAAAACCAAAAGAAAAGAUUUCAGCUCUGUCAGACCCAACAUCACCUGCAGAUCAGCAGCCGUUUUCUGGUGGCCACCAAAGUCAUAGCCAGAGGAGAAAGAGCAAACAUAGAACGUCCUCCCCAUCAUUCCCGCCUCAUGAGGCCAGGGCCUACCAACUGUACACAUUAUACAGGGGAAAAGAUGGCAAGGUUAUGCAGGCUCCUAUUAAUGGAUGUCGCUGUGAGCCUCUCCUUAAUAAGCUUGAGAAUCAGUUAGAGGCCACUAAAGAAGAAAUAAAGGCAGAGAUUGUGACUGUGCAAGAUCAGAUGAAUGCAAAACUUGGACAGAUGGACACUAAAACCCAGCACCAGUUACGUGUUCUGGACAAGCUGAUGAUGGAGCGGAUGUCUGCAGAGAGAGCAGAAUGUGUCUGUCGCCUUCAGCAGCAAACGGAUGUGCAAAAGAUGGAAGCUGAAAAACGUCAGGUUUCUGUUGUGAAUGAACUGAAAACUUGGUGUUUACUAAAAAUCCAAAACCUUGAGUUAAAACUUUCUGGAGAUUCCAGACCGCCAAAGACAAAGCCAUCUCCUUCAUCGUCGACAGAUCACCCUAUUUCGGACAGUCCAAACAGCAGCAAGGAAUGCAACAGUGUAGACAUAUGUGACGUUCCACAGUCCUCCAUCCAACACAUAUAUGCCACCACGCAGAGCAGUAUAUCCGAUGAACCUGUCAGAGAGCAGUCACUUCUCCCAGAGGAAAACAGCAGAAGGCACCAGAUUGCUCCUACUAAAGAAUUCAUGGUGUGUGCAUCCAUAGAGCAACCACCGCUUAUGUCUAGUGUGCAACCUGCUGUAAGAUCUAAAGAAAAAGCAAGCUGUACAUCUUCCUUCAGGCAUCAGCCAGGCCUAUCCACUUCCAGCCUUCCCAACCCUAAAAUGAGACAUGCUAAAAUCCAUCCUACCACCAAGAACUUAUCAGAUGCCAAGAAAGAAGAGCAACAGAUCAUAAACCUUAUGGACAAAGGGACACAGACAAAAAAAUGUGCGAAAAUCAGUCAGCUUAGACAGAGAGGAUUCUUGUCUGGACAUCAAAAUCAAGGUUGUAGUACAACUAGCGAGCAGACUGGUCCACUGGUGAAGGACACAUCUCAAGCGCUGGAAAUCACUCAAUAUUUCUUUGAGGCAGUAUCUACCCAAAUGGAAAGAUGGUAUGAAAGAAAGAUAGAGGAAGCCAAGUCCCAAGCAGACGAGAGGGCAAAUGAAGAUAAGGCAGCCUUACAGCAACAUAUAAGGAGCCUAGAAGAGGAGCUUGUGAAGUUAAGGACUAAAUUACAGAAGGAAAGCUAGCAACAAAGCAUCUGUACAAAGGAACUGUACAAACAGUCUUCACCACCAAACUCAGUGUUUUAUAAAAAUAUUCUGAGUCCUUUUUGCAUGAUUAUACAUGGCAACUUACUGUAAAGUCAAUUUUAACAUUGACAAAUACAUGGCAUGCAACAAUACUAUAUGUUAACAAUUGCACGGCCUAACCAUUUGGUACAUAUUCUAACUUCUGUCUGUAGUAACAUCCAGUUCAGCUAUCAUGUGCCAUAUACUCACUGUUUACUCUGCUGUACAUUUGAUGCUCUAAUGUAGUAGACAAGUGCAUGUACCACAUUGCACUACCAUCUGCCAUGCCAGCUCCUUCUGACAGUGAAUGUGUGGUGUGACACACGUGCUUUGCUAUCGAGAGUACCAUGAGCCAAAAUUGAGAUAGUCUUAGAGAUGUUGUUAUAUUUGCAAGUUACUUGCCCCAUAAGUAAAAAUAGAUUGCGACCAUAAUUUUCACACAAAGUCAGCAUUUUGAAAUUGAAAAUCUGGCACUUACAUCUGCCUAGCAUGGACUAGUCCAUGGAAUGACCCACAUUUGUUUCUGAAAUGUAUCAAAAAGCAAAAUUGAUUCAUUGAAGGAACUGCUCCUAGUGACAGAGGAUAAAAGGUGCUGUCAGAAAAGGUGUCAUGCAAAGCACCUGUGUAACAUCAACAUUUGGACUGCAGAAAAUUACACUUCUGGAGUGCACUGGAUAGCUGAGUAUCAGUGUAAUCUCACUUACUUAAUUGAAUAGUAAAGUCACUACAAAUUUA